UGCAGCCUGUCAAUUCGAAUCUAUACGAGGGAAACGUCUCUUCUGUUGAACUACAUGAAGUUCCUUGCGGUGUGAAUAAUAUCUUAUUCUACUUUAAUUUCUGCAUUGACGAAACGGAAACGUGAUUACAGCUAGAUGUGACAUGCGGUUAUCGUAGCAAGGACCUUGCAUAUUUUCAGGCUUGUUGCUCUCUUUGCCAGUGGAUGUGAAGCGGUGGUACCACAGUUCACCUAUAUAUGUCAGCAGAUCCCCAAGUUCCUCUUCAGGUCAGACCCUAGUGUCUGACGCUCUUCAGAACUUUGUACUACCAUGCCAGGCCGCGUGGUGGUGGACCAGGCCAAUCCCGGGGCCCACCUAACCAGGAUCCCAAUCCCUGGGAUCAGCACGGCCACAGACAGCUCCCAGGCCUCUGUCAAGGGGAAGGUGAUUAAGAAAGGACCACUAGUCUCCCUUGGAGAUGAGGACUUUGUCCUGAAGGCCGUUGUUGAAGAUGAAGAGUCUGUUCGAAGCUCGUCAUCAAGAAACGGGUCCAUCAACAUGAUCUUGUUUGGAGGGCUGGCCAAGGACUUCUCUGAAGCUGUCAGUCUUGGGGAGGUGGUGGUGAUGACUGGCUUCACUGUCGGCAAGUCUCCCACGGCUCACAAGGACCAGCUCCACCCCUGCAACCUCCUGCUCUCUGGGGACGACGCCUGCCUCUACGUGCUGCGCUCCCUAUCUCCCAGUGUCAGCCCAUCUCCCACAGCGCCGAAGAGGAGCUCCGCCUCUGAGGUCUCCAAGCCUGCCAAGGUUUCCAAGUACACGUAUGUUCCACUGGACGAUCUGAAACCAGGAGCCGUGGUCAACGUGUAUGGGGUGGUGGUGUUCUUCAAGCAGCCCUACAAGACCAGAGGAACAGACUACUGCUCCUCCCUGAAGAUCACAGACCAGUCAAACCAGAAGGUUGUGUGCACGAUCUUCUGCGAGAAGCUAGAGGACCAUCCGAAGAUCUUCCAACUUGGUGACAUCAUCCGCAUGCAUCGGGUGAAGACUCAGGCGUUUGGCGGCUCCAUCAAUCUGCUGAACACCUUUGGCUUCUCGGUGGUGACCUUCGACGGGCGUCCGGAGAGCGCCGUGGUUCCCCGGACCUCCAGCAAGUCGUUCCACUUUGAGCCGGAGGACGAGCGGGCCGUGAAUGAGCUCCGUACCUGGGCCGCCAAGCAGGACCUUCUCCCCACGACCCCCAGGGUCCACCUGUCCAGCGUCCAGCCCCAGUCCUACUUUGACCUUGACUGCCAGCUGCUGUGGAAAGCCCAAGUAGAUGGCGCCUGCAUCCUGCUGAAGGUGUGGGACGGCACACGGUGCACUCAUCCUCUGCAAGACUUCACUGUGGAGGCGUCUGCCAUCCAAGGGCCGUCCUCGCUGUCCCGAGAGCGCUCAGACCUGGCCGUGAACAUCCUGGUGUUUGAUAACCACGCCGAGAUUGCUAAGCAACUCAAGCCAGGGGACUACCUGCGGAUCUAUAACCUGCAUGCGACCACAGGAGCCAGCAGUGUUCCGUGUAGCAGUGGGGGGUCGGGGCUGAACCAGGUGGCCUUCCACCUGCACGGGGGCACCUCCUACGGCCGGGGGGUCCGAGUUCUGCCCGAUGACUGCCCCGCCAUCCAGGAGCUCAGAAGAGUGGUGGAGUGCUUCCCAGAGGACGAUAUCUUCAACGAGUCAGCCAUCAUGGAGAUCUGGGGAACACCUCCAGAAACCCUGGAUGAUGCCAGAGGAUGUAGUGCAACAGAGAGGAGGUGUGACCAUGCCCUGCAGCAGGUGACCCUGGCGGAGGUCAAACAGUCCGUCCCAGGCCAACUGUUCCACGUUAGCGCCCAGCUGAAGUCCUACCAGCCACGGCCCCUCUACCAGGCCCUCAAACUCCACUGCCCCAAGUGCAGAGCCAUACAGGAGAUCCCUGAUGAUGACUUCCUGUCAGAAACCUUCCUGGAGGCCUCGAAGGCCCCAGGCCGCAUCGCCGAGCCAUGGCUCCUCUCAGAGUCCCUCCUCCUACCUGGAGAUGGGCCUAAAGCCCCUGGGCGAACCCUCUCUAUCCAUCUGUCCAAGGAGCUGUUCGGCGAGAGAAAGAGCAAGGACCUCAUCUACGUGACCGGAGCCACUCUGGAGGACGUGUGUCAGCUGGCCGCCGCCUACCAGUACAUACUUCCGGUGAUGCCGUCAGGAGGAAGUGCGUCUUUAAUGGACCUCUCCGCCCCCUUCCUGUUCCGAGGAAACAAGCGAUAUUACGGAUGUAAGCAGUGUUCCCAGGUUUCUGUGAAGGAGCUGAAGGUUGAUGGAUCAGAGGAGAUCAAUGAGGAAAUGAUAGCAGAAGCUGUAGGCGUUAAGCUGCUUCAGUAUUGCCUGGUAUUGAAACUGGAGCUCCAGCAAGGACGAGACACUCUAGAAGUCCUCCUCUGGAGAGACGCAGAAACCUUCUUUCAAGUUUCAUUGGAGGAGGUGGCAGCCAAUCAGGAGGCCCAGAACAAGAUCAGUAAAACAAUGGACUUCCUGUGCCCACCAGGACGCAGCAUAGCUAAGCACCCCUGGCUGGACCUCUGUCUCUCCACAUACACAGUGAAGACAGACGGCGGACCUAACCGUGUGUGCUACCAGGUCUGUCAGACCAGCACCACCGCGACCCCGCCCUGAGAAGGCCCUUAACACUGGGCCGUUGGGUUUGAUGGGUGUGAACCGUCAGCUGGUGAUCAAAAUUGAAUUGGAUGUUUUAUAAAAAAUAAAUGAUUGAUCGAAUAAUAGAUCAUAUCAUGUAAACGUGCUGAAAAUAAAUUGGAUGCGAAAGUUGUGUUAUCAGUACAUCAAUGUUUUUGUUCAUACAUUUGUAAAUAAAAUGUGUAUUUAUUUAAAAA